CAGAAGCAGCAGCAGCAGCCACAGCAGCAGCAGCCGCAGCAGCAGCAGCCGCAGCAGCCACAGCAGCAGCGAUGCUUUGCCGGAUGCACCUUGCACCAUUCGCCUCCAGCUCCCUGGCCAGCCGGCUGGGCACAGUGAGGACCCUCUGGCCACAUGCAGAGACCAUCUUCACCGAGCUGCAGCAGGAGAUGGAGAAAGCUCGGGAGUUCAUGAGCAGCUUCGAGCAGCUCCUGAGCAACCACGGAGCCAUGGCCAUGGAGCACAGCCCGAGCACCAGCAUGACCCUGACCCAGAGCUCUGGGGACGGCUUCUCUGUCUGCCAGGACGUGAAGAACUUCGCUCCCGAGGAGCUGUCGGUGAAGGUGGUGGGCAGGAAGGUGGUGCUGGUGGGGCAGAAGGAGACACAGAACGUGGAUGAGAAGGGCUCCUUCUCCUACAAGUACGAGGUGCUGAAGCGGGAGUGGGACGUGCCCGAGGAGGUGGACGCCGAGGCGCUGACCUGCUCCCUGUCCAAGGAUGGGCAGCUCCACAUCGAGGCCCCCAAGCUGGCACUCCCAGCUGCUCCCGAGAGGAGUGUGCCCAUCCAGGUCAGCCCUGCUGCCCCACAGACCGGACCAACUUCUGAGAAUGGAGCCAACAAAGCCCAGGUGUGAGAAGAUGGGACCCGAUGGCCACGGCAGGACCGGAGCAGACAGGAGCAAGUCUCGGGUUGAAGCCCAGACAAGCUCCAUCAGCAAUGAUGUAAUUUUUUUCACUAAACUGGAAUGGUUUUGUAUCCAAUAAAAAUACUUUUGCAUUGAA